GAGGGUUUGCAAACGGUGUGACUUUUUCAGCAACACAGGAGGUGGAUUUGAGCUGACACCAAUGGCUACCAAGAUCUUUGAGACAAUCGGCAAAAUCGGCCUGGGGCUGGCUGUUGCUGGCGGAGUCGUCAAUUCUGCUCUUUAUAACGUUGACGCAGGCCACAGGGCUGUCAUCUUUGACCGAUUCCGAGGCGUCCAGGACAUAGUGGUUGGAGAAGGGACCCAUUUUCUCAUUCCCUGGGUGCAGAAGCCGAUCAUCUUCGACUGCCGCUCUCGCCCACGUAACGUUCCCGUAAUCACUGGCAGCAAAGAUCUACAGAAUGUGAACAUCACACUAAGGAUCUUGUUCAGGCCGGUGACAAUGCAGCUUCCCCGGAUUUUCACCACGAUCGGCGAGGAUUAUGAUGAGCGGGUGCUGCCUUCCAUCACAACCGAGAUCCUCAAAUCUGUGGUGGUAAGGCUUGAUGCUGGCGAGUUGAUCACACAGAGAGAACUCGUUUCCAGGCAAGUGAGCGAAGACCUGACGGAAAGAGCAGCAACUUUUGGCCUCAUCCUAGAUGACGUUCCUUGGUAAGAGAUUACACAUCUGACCUUUGGAAAGGAGUUCACGGAGGCAGUAGAAAUGAAGCAAGUCGCACAGCAAGAAGCAGAGCGAGCCAGAUUCAUCGUGGAAAAGGCAGAGCAGCAAAAGAAAGCCGCUAUAAUCUCAGCUGAGGGGGAUUCGAAGGCAGCUGAGCUCAUCGCCACGUCACUGUCUUCAGUAGGCGACGGCCUCAUUGAGCUGCGCAAACUUGAGGCAGCCGAAGACAUCGCUUACCAGCUCUCGCGCUCCCGCAACAUCACCUACCUGCCCUCAGGACAGUCAGUGUUGCUCCAGCUACCACAAUGAGUGUCCUGACUCUCCCCAUCCCCAUGUUUUUUUCUACUAUUCCCUUGAAACUUAGCAGAUGAGUCAAAAGUAUAUAAUCACUGAGAUUUCCCCAUUUGGGGGUUGACAGAUAGCAAGAAAUCAAAUGGAUUUAAAAUCCCUUGAUCUAAUUAAGGCCACCUCCCUUUCCCACUCUAGAAUCUAAUUUUUAGCAGAUCAGUGCUUGGAAUAAAGCUGUAAAAGAGUGGGGGGUGUUAGUUUUUGUCCACUGAGAAAGCCUUUUGUUUUGGUAAGACCUUGCCAUAGCAGCCUGCGGUCUGUAUAAUCGGAAGUAGGCCAACUUUGGUUUGCUGCCGUUUAUGGAAAAGAGCGGGGGGGUUUCCUUGCCCCACCUUCUUUCCUGCCAGAUCUAGAAUCAUACAGGUAGCAGCAUAUCAGCUCCUCUUCCUGGUAAUCUUUCCCUAAUGUCUGGUUCUGCAGUAAUGCUUCAGACUGCAACAGCACAGAUCUAAAACACCUGAUACAGUUUCAGUUCUGUAUAGAUCUGAGAUUAUAAUGUUCCCAUGUGUGGAAUUACAGUUCCUGGGGACAGCUCUCUCUCUUCUCUGUGGCUUGUACCUGAUCUUGUGCAGAAAAAGGCUGAACUUGCAGGCAGCAAGCAUCUAUUCCACAUAUCUCAAGGCCCAGCUUUAAGAGGGAUACUUAUUCCACUGAUAGUCUGCAUUCAUGAGUGUGUUAUUGGGGCUCUUUUAAUUAAAAGAUGUUCACUUUAACAGUGAAACUGGUAAAAUAUGAAAUUGUACUAACCAACCUUCAAUAAAUGAACAAAUAAAAUGCCCCUUCUUAA